AUGGGCGAGGGCGAGUUGAAGGUAAAGCUGAAGAUGGGUGUGGAUUUCAUCGGCACCACAGGACGGAAGCGGUUCAAGAAAUUGAGUUUUUGGCUUUUCGUGAAGAUCCUCACGACGGCGAAUGCAUAUGCUGCAGAGAUUGCCUGGUGGUGUAACCGGAACCCAGACUACAUCGCAUGGAGCCACGGCAACCUGAACGUGGAUAAUGUCUUCUUCUGGCGAACCUCCGAGGGUGCCUCCGACAGAACUCAGCUUUGCAGUUGCUGA